GGAACAACGAAACGAGCGCCCACAUAUUACGACACGGUUUCGCUUCCUGGGAUGGCUAAAAUCGUCAUCAUUUACCCGCGUUAGUUGAACAACCCACUUUGUUUGGCGGGAUUGAGCAGAAAAGAGGCAAAUCCAUCGUUUAAUCGGAAAUAUGCAGUUUUCUAGCAGAAGAAAGAAGUACAACACCAACUCUCAGACAGAGCUCUACCUACAUCCUCUGCAGUUCUAUGGCCAACCUCCUCUUGAAAACAUCUCUCUCUCUGAGUUUGAGGCAUUUGCUGUGGACAGACUGAAAUUGUUGAAGACAAUUGAGAAUUUGGGAGUGAGCUAUGUGAAACUGUCAGAGCAGUACAAAAAGAAACUGGAGUCUGAGUCUAAAGCCCUGAACUUUCUUUACAGACCAGAUGCUGAUGACCGAAAAUCUAGUGGACCAACUGAAUACGAGAAACGAAGAAAGGACCAUAUCUCCCACUUCAUUCUCAGACUCGCCUACUGCCAAACGGAGGAUCUGAGACGGUGGUUUAUACAACAGGAAGUUGAUCUUUUCCGAUACCGCUUCAAUGACCUGCAUCCAAAACAAAAGCUUGAAUUUCUUCACAGAAAUAAUCUGCAAUAUGACACUAUCAGUGUCGAGGAGAAGAAGGCUCUGCAGGAUAAACUUGUCAACUCCAGUUACGCUGUCAGUGGAAUCACUGUGGAGGAUCAGGACUUCUACAAAGUUCCAUUUCAAGAUGCCCUGGAUCUAGUGCGAACAAGGAAAGUGUACCUCAAAGCAGGCUAUGUAUUCAUUCCUCACCAGGACAUUGUCACCAUUGUUCUCAACGAUUUCCGCACAAGGCUAUCUAAAGCUCUCGCAUUGACAGCCCGCUCGCUACCAGCGGUGCAUUCUGAUGAACGGCUCCAACCGCUCCUUAACCACCUCAGUCAUGCCUAUGUGGGACAGGAUUACAGCAUCCAGAAGAAUGUUGGAAAAAUCUCCCUGGAACAAAUUGAUUCACUUUCAGGGAAGUCAUUCCCACUCUGCAUGAGGCAGCUCCACCAGUCCCUCAGAGAGAACCACCAUCUCCGCCAUGGUGGUCGCAUGCAGUACGGCCUGUUCCUCAAAGGCAUCGGCCUCUCUCUGGAGCAAGCACUGCAGUUCUGGAGGUCCGAGUUCAUAAGAGGCAAAGUGGAUGCAGACAAGUUUGACAAAGCAUAUGCCUACAGCGUCCGCCACAUGUUUGGCAAAGAAGGCAAGCGAACGGACUACACCCCCUACAGUUGCAUGAAGGUGAUUUUAUCAAACCCACCCAGCCAAGGCGACCAUCAUGGAUGUCCUUUCCGUCACAGUGAGCCAGAACUGUUGAAGCAGAAGCUUCAGUUCUACAAGGUGUCUCCCAGUGGGAUCAGUCAGAUCCUGGAGCUGGUUAAAGGGAUGCACUAUCAGCUGGCGUGCCAGAAGUACUUUGAGCUGACACACAAUAUCGAGGAUGCCAGUUUCUCGCUCAAUCACCCCAACCAGUACUUUAUAGAGAGCCAGAAAGUUUUGGGCGGAGGCAAGGACCUGAAGCGAGAGAUGGACAUCCCACAGAGGUCGCAAGAAAACUCUGCCACCAAAGGACCCAGCGCAGCUCCAGAGGCAGCAGCAAACGCACCCCAGGAACUGUCCGAGAUGACGGAGGAACUAGACUCUUUCUUUCAAGAUGCCUGAUUCUUUUUUUCUUUCUUUUUUAUCUAUAUAUACACGGAGGUUGGGGGUGGUAUAUAUUCUAACUUGAAUCGAGUAUUUUAAAAGUCCCUGUACAUGACGUUAAGAAUUAAAGUUGCAUAUCCGUAAUUUCUCCACAACUUAUUAGUCUGUUCUCAACAUAGCAGACUUUUAGUUAUCCUUGACAUUGGACAUUAUUCAAACUUCAACAUCAGACCAAAGCAGAGUUUUCUACCUUAAAAUUCUUUAUGUUAGUGACACGCUGUCAUUAAUUUAGCUGUUUAGGUCAAGUGUCAGAGUAGUCUUAGUUAUUCUUUCCUUGUUUUCACUCUGGGCACUGAAACUGGCUUUUCUGAGUUCAGACCAGUGUUUUGGCAGGGACGUGGUUGUGGGGGUGAUGACUAGAACAUUUCCCAGCUGUCUCAGAAACAAUGUCAUUGUAUUUGCUGGCAGGAGUGUGGAUGAAUGGUGGCAGGGGGAUGGAUGAAAAUAAACAAUUUUCACAGUUGUAUUAUGCUGCCUUGGAAUAUUGCCUCAUAGUGCACAAUGCAAUUUAUUAAAAAAAGCAUACGUGGUCA